UCACUGUCCUCUUAAAUAACAACCCUUCACACCACAUCAAAUGUCACACACACAAGGAGCAUGGCUAAUCCACACACUGCACUGCUCAAACUCACCUCCAUCUUCAUUUUCAUUGCCUCAGCACCUGAACUUGGAGGAAGCAGCAAGACAUUCACCUUGGUAAAUUACUGCAAGGAAACAAUAUGGCCUGGAGUAACACGCAGUGACAACCACAGUGGCGAUGGAUUCACAUUGAAAUCAGGACAAUCAACUGUUUAUACUGCUCCUGAUGGAUGGAGUGGGAGGAUAUGGGCCAGAACAGGAUGCAACUUUGACAGUGGCGGCAAUGGAAAGUGCCAAACUGGUGGGUGUGGCAGCAGCAUGAACUGUUCUGGCCCUGGAAACCCUCCUGCAACAAGUGCUGACUUCAGCCUUGGUGAAAUUGAUUACUAUGAUGUUAGUCUUGUGAAUGGCUUCAACUUACCGAUAGUAGUGAAAGCUAUGAAUGGCACAGGAAACUGCAGCACUGUUGGGUGUGAUGGAGAUUUGAGGCAGAAUUGCCCCUCAGAGUUGGCUUCGAAGGACAGUGACAAAGUUAUUGGUUGUCGGAGUGCGUGUGAUGUCUUCAACACUGAUGAGUAUUGCUGCAGAGGGACUUAUGGAAACCCUGCAACAUGUUUGCCUUCAAACUACUCCAAAAUUUUCAAACAAGUGUGUCCUGCAGCGUAUAGUUUUGCACUUGAUGAUCCUACGAGUCUGAUAACAUGUUCGAAAGCAGAUUUUGUUGUCAUAUUCUGUGGAUCGAGGAAUCAAACCACAUGCUCCUAUCACGACAAACAGGUUGCAUGUAAUCGAUCAAAAGGUUAUAAAGCCAUACCACAGAGCUGGUGGAUCCUGAUGUUACCAUUCACAUACAUGUUCACUUUAUGGAUCAUGCCUUAGCCAAUUAUGUGAUUGAAGGC